AUGGCCACGACGAUGACACCUAACGAGUUGCAAGAGCUUGGCAAGAGAUAUUAUGGUUUCAAGGAAUAUCAAAAAGCACUGGAUGCAUUCACGGAGGGUAUCGAUGCGUCGGACAACCCCGAAGUAGACCUGAUGGACAAUCGAGCCGCUACGUUUGAGAAGCUGGAGAAUCUCGAGGCUGCGCUGCUUGACGGGAAGCGCAUGAUUCAGCUCGGAAAGAAGGACGUGCGGGGAUAUCUGCGCUCUGGGAAGGUUCUUCAGAGAAUGCAGAAACCGGAUGUCGCACUUCGAAUCUAUGAGUAUGGCCUUCGCAACGUUCCUACCAGUGACAAAAGCUACAAGUUGCUCCAAGGCAUGCAUGACAAACUGAGUGAGAAAAUUUCCCCUCCAAAGGCCAUUGAUCCAUGGACAAUUUUGCCCCCUGAGCUUGUCGAGAUAGUCAUGAACUAUCUCACGUUCAGAGAAAUGGUCAACUGUCUCCGCGUCUCUAAUCGAUGGUUCAAGUUCCUCACCACCAAUCAAGCUCUAUGGACUACACUGGACCUUUCGCACGCUCGCAGAGCUGUGAAACCUAGAUUCGUCCGCGAGUGCAUCCGGAGGUCGAAUGGCAAAAUCCGCCGUGCAAUUCUUAAUCGCCUUCCGGGCGGCGGAGCUGAUACACUGAUGCAUCUUACCACCGUCUGCAGGCACCUUCAAGAACUCGAAGUCUGGAACGGCCCAGAGGGCGGUUCCAUACUUGUUCCUCUGACGUGUGCACCUCGACUGAAGAUACUGAAACUGGACGCGAGCGUACGGCUCACGCUACAUCAGGUCGCGCAAGUACUUCGGAGCCGAACCUCUCUUCAACACGCGGAGUUCUGCUCCGUACGUGCGCGCGACCGGAUAGCUCCCUGGGGAGUGGACCUGCCGAACCUCCAAGCGCUCAGAUUAGUUGCGGCCGGUGUACAGGACAUUGCGACGUUAUGCUUGGGAGAACUCGUCAAACGAAUGCCGAAUCUUGAGGAACUGAGCUUGAUCAGCUGGAAGAAGUGCACUGCCUACAACGUGAUCGACCUUGGAACACUCCAGCUGAAAUCGCUUGAUCUGUCCGACACGGCCUACGAACAUUUCCGCCGAAUUCCAAUUUCUCUCAAGAAGAUUGCUGUCAGUGGUCCUCCGGCGGAUCCCUCCAUUCAUGGACACACGUUGCCAGUGCCGAAUGUGGUUGAGCUCUCCGUCAGCAGAUGCGGCCCUCAUGUGGAACAGAUGCUCACCGGCCUUUUGUCCAAUGGCAACGAUGAAAAUGGUAAUGUAGAUGUCGAUAUCAGUUCCCACGCGCCUAUCAAGAAGCUAUUGCUUCACGAGCUUGGAAGCCACACUCAAGGAAACCUCCGAUACAUGCUGCAGAAUCCAAGGUUCCUUCAGUUGGAACAUUUAGAUUUGAUGGAAGCGCCAUGCGUCCGGGAUGAGCUGGCCUUAUCACUACCCACCUUAUUCCCCAACCUCAAGCGACUAAGUCUAACAUGGACACGCAUCACCGGUGUUGCCGUUAAAGGUAUUGUCGAACAGCUGAAGGGCCGGCUUGAAUACCUGUGCGUAGACAAUUCUCUUGACACCACGUCGGACGCCAUCGAUUGGGCGAGGGCCCAGGGAGUGGACGUUUCCAACAGAAAGACCACGGCUGGAAAUCAGCGUCGGAAGAUGCGCGAGGCUUGGUAG